AAAUUCCAGACUAUACGCACCGAGGAAUCAAGGAGUCGACAACGUCCAGUCAACAGUGUUUUGGUGUUCUGCAUUGUACAAUCCAUCCACCGCCAUCGCCGGAAAAUGGGCAAAGGGGUUACAUUUGAGAUUGUUUUGAACAGAAAGAACAGGAUUUAUCAUCCCGGGGAGGUCGUUUCUGGGGAGUGCGUCGUGUAUUCGAAAGAGAGUUUAAAGUUUCGCAGUGUCCAUGUCGAGUUCCACGGAGAAGCGCGUACAAAUUGGGAUGAAAUUGAGAACUACACAACCACGCACAAAAAUGAGGAGGUUUAUUUCAACAAAAAGACAUCCUUAUUGGCAAAUGGAGAUAAGAAAGGGGCAGUCAGCGUUCUAUCGGCAGGUAGGCAUGCGCUAGAAUUUUCCUUCAAAAUACCACCAUUCAGUCUCCCAUCGUCCUUUGAGAGCACACAUGGUCACGUGAGGUACUAUUUGCGUGCGCGAAUCAGUCGUCCUUGGCGCUUUGACGAGGUUACCAAGCUACAAGUCCACGUGAUCGACUUGAUAGAUGUCAACUCUCCCAGACUUCUCAUGCCUGUAUUUGGCGAGGCUCAGAAAGCCUUGAACUGCCUGUGUAACGGUACAGCGGCGCCUCUCCACGCGCUCGUGUACACGGAUCGGUCCGCUUACUGUCCUGGCGAGCGACUGACCCUAACCACCGAGAUACGUAAUCUUCCUCUGAGAGAGCCUUACGAGACGUGCGUGUACUUGGUGCAGAGCAUCACUUACAAGUCUAGCUGUGGAAGGACGAGAAGCGUCAAUAAACAGGUCAAAGUUCUUCAGCGCUCUUCGAUGUCGCUUGAGUUGGACGAGUUUGAAGUCCCGGAUGUCGUCCCGACCAUGAGGAAUUGUGGGAUAGUAUCUAUAUGCUACCACCUCAAGGUUAUCGUCGCCGUUGCCCAUGGUCACGGUUCCGGUGUCAAUCUUGAGGUGGAGCUUCCUAUCACUAUAGCAACCAUACCGCUUAGAAAGUCCUGCGGGCUCAUCAAUAAGUUAGUCCCAUAUUCUCGACUGACUCAAGAACCUAAGUUUUCCAUGAAGACUUUCGUCGGUAUAAAGCACGGCAACUUUGCCUGGCCUCUUUUAGUACUCGCAACUGGAUCCCCUGGCUACCCUCUACCAGCUGUAGCAACGUGACGAUCACAACCUGCUAGAUCCAGUCCCCUAUCGGAGACGUAGACACACGCUCGUUUGAUGAGCUACAGAGGCAUGUGCAGAGGUGUUCCCUACCACUCCCGCCCAGCAAAUAAAAAAAUAAUAAUAGGUUUAUGGAAUUUUCAUACCAUUGUAAUAUGAAUAUCAAAAUUAGCUUUUUUGUAUUUUGUAAUUUGGUUACUGGAGAGUAGUGUAAAUAGGGUUGUAUAGUACAAUGGAGAUUAACAUACUUUUUAUCAUAGAUAUACUUUUGUGAACUAAAUAAAAAAAAAACUAAUAGCA